AUGGGGUUCUCUGGGGAAAAGACAACUCUGCCAUUCACCAAACCAUUACGCACAAAAUUGGGCACCCAGGUUCUACAACACCCGUUCGUGUUCUCCCCAGCUGUUCCAACUAACCUACUGGGCAGGGAUCUGCUCAUUAAACUCGUGGCGACAAUCCUGUGUUCAGCUGACGGCCUCCAAGUCCAUCUACCAGACGGAGCCCGUCUGCCAUGCGGUCAACAGGUCUCGGACCAUGGACAAUAUCUCAUACAACCGGUCGUUGAUCCCAUGGCCGACAUCUAUUGGGGCUUACUGAGACCUGAGACCACGAAGAGGGGGGGCAUUCUCUCGGCCUACCUCGCGUGGAGGCCCUGGAUAUCACAGCUCCAGCCGCUCCUGUCUCCUCCCGACCCUCCACACGUAACGUUGUUUUACGAUCGAACACAAUGUGAGUGGUAUCAGGAACAAUUCCAGGAACAAUUAGAAGAUAAAGAGUGGACAGUCCACUCCCAAAACAUAUACGUUGCUCCAGAAGGCGUAGCCGCCGGAGUUAACCUCACCACAGAACAACUAAUCUGGUAUAAAAUGGCGGACGAAGCGGCACCACACAUUUCCCUAGCGUUACAUCCAGAACAUGAGGCUAAAGAGCUCGGUAGCAUUGUAAAACGUUCUUUACAACAGACGGACUGGGCGCAAACGUCCGUCCCUCAGGUGCAGUAUUCUGCCUCGACUGCGAUUAUCCAAUCUGGUUACGACAAUAUCCCCACAAACAGCAGGCGGAAGACGGCAUACAAGACACUAUAGA